CAGGACUUGACCUUCGACAAACAAACCACAUAGUUGUGCAGGACAUCGGUUAUAUCCACACCUUUUAUUUUGCUACCGUCCUCUGUUUUCUGGAGACCGAGUCAUCAAGAGCCUUGCAGAGCCGUUUCGCCGACUUAGCCGCCGCCUGUUUACCCCUGAGCACCAACCCAGCAGGAAAAACUUCCUUCUCGAGUUUUUUUUGCCCGCCACUCUUUUCCCUCUCCGACACGGGAAAACGUAAACAAACAGUGACACGAGACACGUCUCCCCGCUGCCUCGCCCCACCCGCCAAAAGCCACUUCGCUUUUCGGCAGACUUUUCCUGAAUCUCCCCGCCUACGAUGUCUGGACCUUCCACCUCCAACGAGCGGACCUCGGGCCAAGGCCACCUCCAGCACCCCCUCCAGCACCCCCACCAGCACCACCUUGGCCAGCCACACCCAGCGUACCAGCAGAUGGACCACACCGCUGCCGCUGCCAUUGCGUUGGCCAACGGCCAUGAUUUCCCCAACCCGGUUGUCAUGGGCCACCACGAGGAUGAAAACGCCUACCACCGUGGUGCGUUGAGCGCUGCUGCCGCCGCCCAGAUGCAGCAGCAACAAGUCUUGCAGCAGCAGGCCUUGCAGCAGCACCACCAGAUGCAACAGCACCACCAGAUGCAACAGCACCACCAGAUGCAGCAGCACCACCAGAUGCAGCACAUGCCAAUGCAACAGCAGCACCUCCCACCCCACCACCAGAUGCAGCAGCAGAUGCACCAGCAGCAGAUGCCCCAGCACCAGCACCCCAUGGGCAUGCCCUCGGCGGGCAUUGACUACGAGAACGGCGGCUUCCUCAUCUCCAGACACGGCGAGGGCGACAUCAUCAAGACGUUCAACAGCAAGCAGGAGUUGGUCAAGUAUGUCAAGAGCGUGCUCAACGAGGAGGAACAGUGCAAGAUUGUCAUCAACUCGUCCAAGCCCAAGGCUGUGUACUUCCAGUGCGAGAGGUCCGGCUCCUUUAGAACCACCGUCAAGGACGCGACGAAAAGACAGAGGGUUGCUUACACCAAGAGAUCCAAGUGUGGCUACAGAUUAGUUGCCAACUUGUACCCUCCUGAGAAGGACAAGUCAAAGAAGAUCAAGAAGGACAACGAGUUUGACGGCUACGAGGAGGACAAAAGAGAGGCGGAGAUGUGGAUCUUGAGAAUGAUCCAGCCUGCCCACAACCAUGCCCCCGAGCCCAAUUUCGCCAUGAUUGGAGGCAAGAAGAAGAGAGCCAAGUACACCAGGACCUUGGUGGAAAAGCCUUUGCACAGAAGCCAAGGCGCCGCUGCCGCCGCUGCCGCCGCCGCCGCUGCCGUCGGGUACCAGCCAGAUAUGCUUGAUCACCAGCAUCUCCAGGCCCAUCCUUACCAGCACCUUCAGCACCAGCAACAACAGCUCCACCCACAUCUUCAGCACCCUGUGCACCACCCUCACCACCAUCACGAGGAGACUGCGCAUCCAUCAGUGCAAGAUGUUGCUGUCAUUGCCGCAAUCGAAGCAGCUCCUGGCAACCCCUCUUUGCUGAACCCUCCAGUGGACCCAAGCAUCGACCCUUCGGUGGACCCCAAUGUUGACCCCAGUGUUCAACAGCACGACCAUGCCCACGGCCAUGUCCACUGAUCGUGCUAAAGACAGACGUGUAUACUACUCUUUCUCAGCUUCUUUGCAUCACGGGCCGCGGACCGCCAGCUUGUAUGUGGCAUGUUGGUCGCUCUGCACAACUCCGGCGUGGUCGAGAGUGUGGGAGCUGGGCUUUUUCUACUACUAUAUUCCUGUGAGGCGCGCCACUCACCCUUGUUCUAUGUUUGUAUAAUACCAAUAAACAAUUGUUAAUCCUCUGCAUAU